CAGCAUCCUGAUGCUACGAUUCCGUGACUCCAAGUCAUGUGCUUCUCCCUGGCCUACAAUUGAUAGAUGGAUGCACUUGUUCCAACCACCUGCGUGUCUGGUAAGUGGCUGAAAUGGUCAGUACCAGAACUAGCAGCCGCUACUGGUUGCUCAUGGGCGUGGCAAAAAGUGAACUCGAAUCCUUCGGAAACCUAUACUUCACCCACGCACGGGCCAUGAUUGAUGUAGUUGACAGAAUCAGAGAUCUCGGUAGGAAAGGAACAGAUAAGGAGUUCAGACCUCGAGCUCCAGAAAGGCCAGCUUCGCGUCCGUGCUCGUCAAUGUACUCGCCGGAGUACUAUGACAGUACUCCGGCGGCACGAGCCGCAGGUUGGAUUUGAAUCGGGCCUCACGAUCGAGCGGGUGGAACGUCCUAACUCGGGGUCGGAACGUCGCUCGUUCUGUGUGAUGAGGCGAGGUUAGGUGAAGUGGUGCCCGGCCGGUCUGAGUGCAGGGAAAAAACAAAGGAGUUCUUGAUAUUGUACAGCGCUAUGCACUUCCGAUGUGCACUGCCUUCUGUACAUGUGCAGUACAAGAUCCUCCGGCGUUGCCAUGGUCGGAUCGGAAGGGUGUUUAAGUAGUCUCUUGUGCCUGCGAGGAAAGACAGUAGUCGGAGGAGGACGACCAAGCUGAGCGAAGGGAAAGAUUACUGCAAUGUCUUUCCCGCCCCUUCGACGUUUCCGCUUGCGAGCCUCCUUGUGCCCUCUCCAUAUUUCCUCCUCCGCUCGAGCGAGAGUUGAAACGAAAUUCAAGCGUUGGUCUAGAAAUGACAUUCUCAUUUAGUCCCGGAGCCCAUUCCGAUCUGACAGUCGAUCUUUGUUUCUGUCUCCUGGCUUGGACAUGAAGG